UUCCCUGUGAGAAUUUGGCCGAGAGGUACUAAACUUGUGUUGGGUUUCUUCCAUUUUCAAUUUUUCUGUGCCUUCAAAAUUGUAGUCGUUCUACUACAAGAACUUCUGGUUUCCCCUAUAUUUUUAAUCGGAAUGUCUAAGCCAGUCUUGUACUCCUAUUUCCGUAGCUCAUGCUCAUGGCGUGUGCGAACCGCUCUUGCUCUAAAGGGGAUUGAGUAUGAAUACCAUCCAAUUCAUCUAUUAAAAGAUGGGGGAGAACAGCACUCUGAUGACUACAAGAAGAUGAACCCCAUUGGAGAGGUACCAACCCUGAUCAUCGAUGGACACACACUAACACAAUCUAUUGGCAUUAUGGAGUAUCUAGAUGAGACAAGACCCGACCCCCCUCUCUUGCCACGAGGCGACCCCCAUAAACGAGCUUUGGUGCGACAAAUCAGCAUGACUAUUGCAUCUGGAAUUCAACCCAUUCAGAACCUGAAAGUGCUCCAGUAUGUUGGUCCAGACAAGAAGGUGGAAUGGGGGCAUUACUGGAUUGACAGGGGAUUCCAAUGUUUGGAAAAAAUGUUAGUUCAGACGGCUGGUAAAUACUGCGUUGGAGAUGACAUUACGAUGGCCGAUCUUUGCCUCGUCCCUCAAGUCUACAACGCUAACCGCUUCAAAGUGGACAUGUCUCGGUAUCCAACCAUCGCCCGUAUUCACGAGGCACUUGAGCAAGUAGAUGCCUUCAAGGAAGCACACCCGUCACGUCAGCCUGACUGUCCUGAUGAGAUGAGGGCCUGAAAGAAGACAGUUAUUACCACAGAUAUUUCAAGUAGAUGCCUUCAAGGAAGCACACCCGUCACGUCAGCCUGACUGUCCUGAUGAGAUGAGGACCUGAAAGAAGACGGUUAUUACCACAGAGUCAACAAUGGGACUGGAUGGGGUGUAGACAUAUCCCAUGCACCAGACGCGGGGGGAGCCAGCAGUCUUUUCGGACACUCCCCAGGCGCAGGCGCUCGAGUGUGAUGUCCUAGAGUGUACUUCUGUUUAUGAUCAAACAAACCGUGUUUUUACACUUAUAGGAAAUUGGAGGUUUUACCAUAUCAUACCUUUGCACUAGUAGGGAGAUUUUUGCAAAAGGAAACAAAUAUAAACCUAGCUCUUUUGUGGAAGAUUUGUUUGGGUGUGAGUAGUGAGAGAUUGCGCUAAUUUUAUAUUUCUAUUGCAACAAACUUUCUGCUCGAAUGUUGAUCGAAGUUUAAAUAAUUUUGGGAAUUUUCUUGUUAAAAGAGGCACUACGUGACUUGUUUACCGAGGAUAUUAUAUUGAAAACACGCCAGUUUUAUUCCACAUUAUAGAGUGGUUUUCACUUUACGUACUCGGUCCCACCAAGCGCACCUGAAGUUCUGUUCUUCUUGGCUAUUACUCUUUGAUAGCCGCAUAAUGUUCAUACGGCUAAAUUGAAAAAGAAAUGUUUCGGCAUUAAAAAGGGCGAAUAAAAGUCUGGUUACCAUUGGUUUCAGAGAUUCUCGCACCUCCAAAAACCCGAUAAUAGGGCGACGAACAAAUGCCGACAAAAGACCGAGCGUUUCGUGCGCACUUAGGCCCGACCUAUUACUUGAGCCCGAGACAAGCGCCUUGCAUCUAGGGGGGCAUUGGGUCCGAGGGGAGGGGGUGAUAGUAAGAUUUUUUGGUGAACACUAAGGGAAGACACAAAUGCUUAUUUGAACUACAAUCAUUUUUGCCAAAGGUCGUAAAACAGUAGCUGAAUUAAAUACUCCUUUAUAUUAUGGCAUUGUCUCUCAUAAAUUACUCACAUGCCAAAUAAUUAGAAACCACAUAGUUAUAUCCAUAUUCCAUUAGUACACAGAAGGCUAAUGUGGCUAUUAUAUUUGUCUUUGGAAAGCUAUUGAUGAAAAGCACAACUCAUUAGGUGCUAAGUAUUGUAGAACAAUAGUUAUUAUUGUAGAUAAUCCAGAGAGGCUCUUCUGUCCUGCGCAUAUAGCAUCUUAUGUUCCUAAUGUAAUUGAGAACUUCACUGUUGUUGACAACAUGGUGCUUUGAGAAUACAGCUUUACAGUUGGAUAAGCAGCGAGUUAAGGUAUCUAAUAUUUUGCUGACAUCAAACCAUGGAAGGCAACUAAAGACAGGCUGUUUUUUUUUUUUUUCGCAAUAGUGCCACAGUCAUGUGGAGACUGACCCCAGAGGAACGACACCAGAUCGCAAAGGGCCAAAUAACAAGCAACUCGUAUCUUCAAACCAAAAAAGAAA